UUCCCGUUAGCUUGAGCCAACGCAGCCGCAGCUCGUGGACUUUUCCUUCCUCUCGUCAACACCUCACCUCCCCUCCGCCGCCCGCCUCCUCUUCCUCCGACCCUGACCGCCUCUCGCCGUUGAAUUCCUCCGCUCUCCUCUCCUCCCCGUUGAGCCGUUCGCCUACGAAGCCUGGUCCUCCUCGGAGCCCGGUGAUCGAUCCGUCGAUGGACGCGUCCGACCGGGCGUCGCCGCGGAGCCGGCAGCUGCAGGGCCCGCGCCCGCCGCGGCUGGCCGUCAGCAAGGACUCGCACAAGGUCAGGAAGCCGCCCGUCGUGCCGCAGCCGCGCGGGGCGGGGGCGGGGGCGGCCGGGCCUGGGCAGGCGAGGCAGCAGCAGCAGCAGCCGCGGGCGCCGGUCAUCAUCUACGACGCCUCCCCCAAGGUCAUCCACACCAGGCCCAGCGAGUUCAUGGCGCUCGUCCAGCGCCUCACCGGCCCUGGCGCCGGCGCCGCCUCGUCGGCGGCACCGGCCGCUGGGUUCAACGCCGCGCCGCCGGCGCAGUUCCAGCCGCAGGAGUUCCUGCUCUCGCCGACCGCCGCGCUCUCCCCGGCCGCGAGGUACGCCGCCAUCGAGAGGUCCGUCCGCCCGCUGCCCCCCUCCGCGCCGUCCUCCUCCACCUCGCACUACUACUCCGCCGUCGACGACCCAAUCCUGCUGCUGGACGCCGCCGCCGACGACGCCGACGCCUUCGCGGCGUCCCUCGGCCCCGCCCGCCCGAGCAUCCUCUCCCCGGUCCCCUCCGCGCUGCCGCCGGCCGCCUCGUCCGGCCUCUUCUCGCCGCUCGACCCGGCCUCCCUCUCCUGGCUCAGCGAGCUCAGCCCCUUCCUCCACUCCGCCGCCGCCCGCGAUGCGCCGCCUCCCCCGCCGCCGUUUGCGCCGAGCCCGCGCAGCCUGCUGCUGUCCACGCCCACCAUGCCCUCGCCGGCGACCUUCUCCGUCAUGGAAUUCUUCAGCAGCAACUUCCCGGACCUGUAAACUAAUCCACCUCACCCCAUUUCAUCGCUCCCUCUCGCGUCCGCCUCCCAAACCCAUUUUUACCCACCUUUACCGCGUGCGCCGGCGAGGUUAAAAGUAACCAAAGAAAAAACACGGUGCCGCGCCGUCGCGGUAACUUCCGGCGCGGCGGCGGCGGCGAAGCUGACCGAACGAGAGGUUGGCGAGAUGGCACGGUCGAUAGAUUUUUUUUAAUGGAUUUUCUCGUGAGGAGAAAAAUACUCUUUCUUGGAAAUUUCCUCGUGUAGGUGAGAGGAAGUUGGCUUGGCUAGCUAGCAUUAAUUGUUGGAGUAGGUGACUUCAAUCUCUUCUCGUUCUCAUGCUCUCCCCUUCUGUUAAUUAAUCGAUUAAUGGAUUGAUAAUUUGAUGUUGUAUCAGCUUUAGGUAGGCUAACACUUCUCGUUGGCUUUUGUUUUCUUGUUCUGCUGAUUGUGUAACUUGUAAUCGAAGGAGAUGGUUGAUUGGUUGAUUUAAUGCUAGUUUCAUUUGUUGAUUCUUUUAUUGUUUGGUCCUCCAGACUUGGUCAUGGAUGGUUGAGAUCGACAUAAGAAGAUGUGUUAAAUUGAUGAUGA